ACUGCAGUAGGCUGCUUGUUCCCAGGGACCCUCUGAGCUCCAGGACAUCCAGUCUCUCUGCUGCCUUCAGCCCAGACGCAGCUGCCACAACACAGACCGCCGCCUCCAUCCUUCAAAGAUGCACCACAGCUGUUAGGAUUCCUAAUGGAAAGAAGAAUUGGAAAUCUGGAAUAAAGGGAAGAGAAUAAGAGAAGAAGAGAAGCUCCUAAUUCUGGCUGGACUCUUGUGUUUGGAAACUUUUUAAUACUUUUAAUACUAGGUCAGAUAUUCUAAACAUUUCCUUGAAUUCCCAAUUUAUUCUGGGGGAGUCUUUCCUUGGAUUUAAAUGAACAUCUAAUUCUGAUGUUUAGGAACUUUGGCAGCACUGAGCUGUGUUGUUCCUGAGUACAUUUGGGACAUACAGCUGGUAUUGUAGUGGGGCACCGGGCCUAAUUUUGUUCACGGCUGCUUUAGAACCUUUCUAAUCUGAGAAAGGUCCUUUACAUCUUUGUCUUCACCAUCAUGGCUCCUUCUGUCAGUUUGUGGCUGUUUCUGUGUCUGCAGCUGCUGUUUACAAGUGCAGACAUCAUUGGUCAACCCGAUGGAGAGCAUGAUACCAUGGGUCAAAGGUCCUCCCACACCAAACUGGCACCUGUUUGGACCACCCUGAACCAGAGCCUCCCCCUCACUGAGAUGCUGGAUCUAGAUGUGGACCAGCACCGCCGCCGGGCUAGAGGAGCUGAUGAGGAGGAGCAACAGUCCACUUUCAGCCAGUCCUAUGAGAACGACUCUGUGACGACGCCCCAGGCCACUGAGCUCAACAACCUGACAAAGGUAGCAGCAGGGGCUGGUGGCGGUGCUGAGAAUCGUGAUCCCCAUGGAAACGCCUCCAACCCUGACCGCGGCACCUCAGAAUUCUUUAACCCCUUUUACCCGCUGACUGAGAGCUCGUAUGCAGCCUACGCCGUCCUGUUCCUGGCGGGUCUGGUGCUGGCGGUGGGUGUGGUGGGAAACAUGGCGGUGAUGUGCAUCGUCUGGAACAACUACUACAUGAGGUCCGCUUGGAACUACUUGUUGGCCACUAUGGCAUUCUGGGACUUCUUGGUCCUGGUGCUCUGCCUUCCAGUGGUGGUCCUCAACCAGCUUUCCCACAGGAGGAUCCUGGGUGACAUCACCUGCCGCAUAGUGCCUUAUAUGGAGGUCGUGUCUCUGGGCGUCACCUCCUUCACCUUGUGCGCUCUGGGCAUCGACCGGUUCCACGCCGCCACCUCCUCGUCGCAGCCCAAGGCCCGGCAGGUGGAGCGCUGCCGCUCGGUGCUGCUGAAGCUGCUGCUGGUGUGGCUCGCGUCGCUGCUGCUGUCCAGCCCUGAAAUCUUCCUGUGGCAGCUGAGCCGGUCGGUGAACCCGUCCACGGGCCGGCUGGUGGACUCCUGCACCAUCACCUCCUCCUCUCCUCUGUCCCUCUACCUGCCCGACUCCCUCCACUCUCUGCUGCUCAGGUAUCACCAGGGUCGCAUGUGGUGGUGCUUUGGCUGCUAUUUCUGCCUCCCCAUCCUCUUCACCGUCCUCUGCCAGAUGGCCACGCGCAACGUCAACAGUGACUCCAGCUCUGCCCAGAAGCAGCGUAGCCAUGACGACCACUCCUCCAGUCAGAAGCGGCAGCAGCAUCAGGCGGUGGAGCGGCAGCUCAACGGCACGCUGUUAGCGUUAGCGGUGGUGUACGGCGUGUGCGCGCUGCCCGAACACGUCUGCAACAUCACGCUGGCCUACACACACGUCGCCAUCGCUGACGACACAGCCUCCAUGUUGGCGCUGCUGCAUCACUUCCUGCUGUUCUUCAAGUCAUCGGUUACACCAGUGUUGCUGCUGUGCCUCUGUAAGGCUCUGGGUCAGGCCUUCAUGGACUGCUGCUGCUGCUGCUGUCAGGAGUGUCAGCCAAAGGCUCAAGGCUCACCCAGCUCCACCCAGGCCAAAAUGAAGGCAGCCAAUGAGACCUCCAUCUUUUUCGACAAGGCUAAGGACACAUCGGCCAUAUUGUCUAUCUCCAGCUAGAGCUCUGGGUCCUACUUUAUCCCUAAUCAUCAUUUCUCCUCCAUAAUCGAUCUUGCCCAUUGAUUUACUUUGCUUUUCAUUAACUCGUCAUUUUCGUUUCUUCUUCCUCCAACUGAACCUAUUUCCUAUUUUCUCCGACUAUUCCUCCAGAACACACACCAAGAUAGAUCCUUCACUCGUCUGCUGUUUGUAUUUGAUUCAUGAAUGGACUUGUUAUUUCCCAGAUAUCCCCUGUGUGAAGGAAGCGUUUAAUCUGUAGUUUAACCUGUGUCAGGACUCUCCUGAACACGGAUGCUGUGACAUGAGCAAAGGUUUGCUGCUGCUAUCGGAGGCUGAUACAGGUGCAUUCAGCCUGACACAUCUAUGGUUGUGUCAGUAUGUCAGAACUUCAGGCCUAUAGUGAUUAGAUAUUUCUAGAGAUCAAGGGAGGAAACCUUAAAGGACUUUAACCUCAGUACUGAGGUGUGUGUUUGUACAGGACAUUUAGUUGUCUAGAGGUUACGUAUUAAUAUGUCUUCCCUAGAACCUAAUGCUAGACAUUUGACUAACCUCUGCAUGAACGCGAGCAGGAUGUCUUUGCGUUUGUAAUGUGAAGCCACUGUUUAAAAUGUCAGAGCCAACUGUGCCUUAGAGCGUCCCAGCCCUCAGCCCCAGACUGCUCGUCCAGUCCCACAUAGAAAAUAGGCCGACUAACUAAGCGCUCGUUCCAACCGCUGCUCGGUCCGAGGCACGGUAGACGUAGAUGGUUUCCCAUCAGCCAAACAGCAAGAGGCUACGAAACGUUCUGCCGCGGUCAUUUUCACUCUGCUGAAAUAAAGAAGCUGCUGAAACCUGUCAAUGUGGAGCGGCUCACGCAUUCUAAAGCCUAAGUCUGAUACAACAUAGCACCUGGCAGCAGCUGAGACCCAUGUCACGUUCACACCAGCCAACAACAGGCGGGCGGUGCGAGUCUAUUCACCCUCAGAAACAAGCACACAACUGGCAGCGCUUGCGUUUUCUUUCAUUUUCAUAUCAACUUCUAAUAAAAUAAUGUUUAAAAAGAAUAAUGAAAGUUAAACUGAGAGUUUCUCCAAUUAAACCAACAGCUGGACAAAACCCCUAAGUUUCAUAUUUAGACAGAUGAUUGUACUGAUUCCAAACCACUGUUGACCUACAUUCUGUACUGUCCCUGAAUGCCUCACUAACACCAUUGCAGUGCCUCAGUAGCUGUGUAAAUGUCUGGACAUCCCAUUGAGUCACAUUGAGUUAAAUCAAUAAAUCACAAACAACAAAUGA